AGCAACGGCUGGUGUCUUCUGACUAUCUCCAGGAGUGUAGAAAGCCUCAUACUAACCCGUCCCCCAGGACCGGUAGGCAAUACUGGGCCAUGAUCCCAGGCUUCAGCUGGGAGGCAAACGAAGAGCGUCAGCAGGCGAGACCUCAACUGUUCCCAGCCAGCGACAGAGUGUGUGGUCGCUCCUCCUGCGCGGAGAAGGACGCAGAGGAAAUUGAGCAGCUUGAGGAGGACGGUGCAGGCCAGCUGCCAGCAGAGAGCAAUGACUUACCGCGACGGUUUCGCCAUCAGAGAAGUGAAACCCCAGAGGGGAGGAAGUGUCAGCGUCACAGAGCUCUUAAUGCGGGCUCCGGUCUCCAUGGAGACCCCGUCCCCAACAUGAAGAUCUCCUCCAUCACAGGGAAGUCUCCCUCGGUGACAGAGAAGACCCUUCCUCAGGAAUCAUUCGCCUUUCAAGUGCCAUUAAGAUUACAGAUCAAAGUGUCUGGCCAGAGUGGUAGUUUGGGAAUCAGCAUUGCUGGUGGGAAGGGCUCCAUGCCUUACAGAGACCAUGAUGAGGGCAUUUUUAUUUCCAGAGUAAACAAAGGGGGGGCAUCAGAAAAGGCAGGGGUCCAUGUUGGAGAUAGAUUGCUGGAGGUCAAUGGCCUCAAUAUGCAGUUGGUGACCCACCAUGGGGCAGUCAGUGCUCUCAGGAAUGCUGGGAGCUGCAUCAAGAUGAAAGUUCUCAGAGAGAGGCUGUUACCUCGAGAAGCGUGUGACCCGGGUGUGCCUCAGGAUCCUUGGAACGUGACAGGACGACAGCUAUGCAGCCAAGACGGCGGAUGCCAGAGAGGCAAACAGCCAAAGAUGAAGAGCGUGGAAGACUGUUUGUCCAAGAAGAUUGAGAUGGUUGUCUGCAACGGCAACAGCAUUUCUGAUUUGGAUGGCGAGCUGAACAGGAUCUUUUCUGAAGCAGAGGUGCAGCCCCACAAUUAUUUACUUCAAUGGGGGAGACACACAAUGACAAUCCCGCGGAUUAUCCUCACUCAUCCCUCUACCUCAGAUGAAGAUGUCGAGCUCUUGACACAGAUUCCCAACAGAGAGCCGUUACAUGACUCUGGCAUUCAUGACAGACGCGUAGGGAAACACACAUGAAGGACACAGAUUGUUAUUGCUCACCUCUUUUCUCAUGUUACUGUGGUGGAUUAGUGUAAAACAAACUGCUGGUAUGUGUUUUUUAAGCUUUUUGUCUGUCAGAUUCAAUUGCUGCUAAUAGUAUUUGGUGAUAUUACAAGAAUGAACUUUAAGACUUUAUUUUUAUUACUAAAACCUCAGUUUUGCCUGUGCAUAUAGAACAGAGACUGUAAAGCAUGACAAAUCUGUUCUCUAAUGUCCGAAGUAAUUACAUGUCAUAAUAUUAACAGUCAAUUAAACAAUGAAUGCUGCUGGCUACCUCUACUCCACACCGCUGUGCUGUAAAUUAUGGAUGUGCUGGGUGAGAUAGUGCCUCUGCCCAUGACAAUCAGAAGCACUCAAACUUUUUAUAAUCUUUACAGAGAUAAAAUGCCACACAGCUGUGUGGACAGUGCACAGCGAGGACUCCGCUUCCUGCAGAGUCCUGAUGCAGAAUGAAUCUAUUAAUUUCCUCACAUAAAAUUCCGAAUCAUGAGAUUACGCACUGUGAUUUCUGAAAAGAUAAAGAGAACAUACAGCUUGCUCGUCAUUACCUGCCUUGUGUUAUUUUUACAGUUGCAACUGCUCAUUGUUCACUUUCUCAA